AGGGAAAAGGCUUGGAGAGGUGUGUUUCUGACAAGCCAGAAAGUCAUCCGCACUUCAAGGGACUUUGUUUAACUCUUUUUUUUUUUUUUUUUUUUUUUUUUUCUGGGAAGGGGGGCGUUCUUCAUUUUCACACUUAAUGUUUUUCUGAAAACUUCGCUGAGAUUUUCCCCUUCCACCAGCCUGGACUAAUGGAUUACCACCUGCUUGGAUUAAUUUUAUCUUUUCUCUUCAAUGGCACAAAGGUCUUAGCCGGUUACCCAAUUUGGUGGUCCCUUGCGUUAGGCCAGCAGUACAGCUCCCUGGGGUCCCAGCCCAUCCUCUGCGGCUCCAUCCCUGGCCUUGUCCCCAAGCAGCUCCGCUUCUGCCGGAACUACAUUGAAAUCAUGCCCAGCGUGGCUGAGGGGGUGAAGCUGGGCAUCCAGGAGUGCCAGCACCAGUUCCGGGGCCGCCGAUGGAACUGCACCACCAUUGAUGACAGCCUAGCCAUCUUUGGGCCAGUCCUAGACAAAGCCACGCGAGAGUCUGCCUUUGUCCAUGCCAUUGCGUCAGCAGGUGUGGCCUUCGCUGUAACCCGCUCCUGCGCCGAGGGCACCUCCACGAUCUGCGGCUGUGAUUCCCACCACAAAGGGCCUCCAGGAGAUGGCUGGAAAUGGGGGGGAUGCAGUGAGGAUGCCGACUUCGGAGUGCUGGUGUCCCGGGAAUUCGCGGAUGCUCGAGAGAACCGGCCGGAUGCCCGCUCAGCCAUGAACAGGCACAACAACGAGGCCGGCAGGACGACCAUUCUGGAUCACAUGCACCUCAAGUGCAAGUGUCACGGUCUUUCGGGAAGCUGCGAGGUCAAGACCUGCUGGUGGGCCCAGCCAGACUUCCGGGCAAUCGGUGACUACCUGAAGGAUAAAUACGACAGCGCCUCCGAGAUGGUUGUUGAAAAGCACCGGGAAUCUCGGGGAUGGGUAGAAACUCUUAGGGCCAAGUACGCUCUUUUCAAGCCACCAACAGAGCGGGAUCUGGUCUACUACGAGAACUCCCCCAACUUCUGCGAGCCCAACCCAGAGACCGGCUCCUUCGGGACGAGGGACAGAACGUGCAACGUCACCUCCCACGGGAUCGAUGGCUGCGACCUGCUGUGCUGCGGUCGUGGCCACAACACCAGGACUGAGAAACGGAAGGAGAAGUGUCACUGCAUCUUCCACUGGUGCUGCUACGUGAGCUGCCAGGAGUGCACACGUGUCUAUGACGUCCACACCUGCAAGUAACCGUAGGUAGGUCUCCAGCUGAGGGGAGGUUGCUCCAGAGCCGGGUCAGGGGUUCAUUGGCCCUGUGAUCAGCUUCCACACGGUGGCCUCACGCUUCAGAGGAUGACAGAAAAAAAUCCCAAAGCCCUUGGCCAGUUUGGCCAGGGCAAACACCCUCACGUAGCCAGCACCAGCGCUGCAGAGAAGACUCACAGCAUCACCAAGUCUCGACCAAGCAAGGUGGUUUGAGGCUAGGCCUGACACCACACACACGUUAGAUCACUUAUUCGCUGACUUUUCUCGUGCUGUUUGGCAUGAUGGACUGCCCAGGGAGGAGGGACGUUACAGGCCCAAGGGAGGCACAGCCACAGCGAUCAGUCAGUGUGCCGCUAACGAGGCACGUCCAGAGCUUCCAGCUCCGUCCUCCCCUGGAGGCCUGGCCCACGUAGACGCUAAUACAGGGUUUCAAGUGAGAAUGAAUUUAACGCAGUGAAAGCUGAACAAAUACGGGCUUCCCCUGCCUGCUUGCACAGACUGUCCCAGUUUCAGCAGAUGCAGUGUGAGAAGGAAGGAAAGGAGCCAGCUCCCCACACCAGCCAGGCUUUUUCCUUCCAACUCCAAGGAGAUGAUUUUGGAGAAACAAUUAUGUUUAAGUGAGCUUGCGAAGGAGCCCUACAUCCAGUCUCUCCUUUCAGCUCCCCUUUGCCAUCUCUGCUCCUCACCCCCUGAGAUGACCCCCUAUAAUCCCACUGAGGGGGAUGGCAGGAAACCAGAGUCCAGAACUGAUCCUCUGACAUUUGGCACAAGCCUUAGCUAAGAGCAGAGUGGACACGGUGAGGCUGUGAUCUCUUAUGUGAGUUGUGUCACUACCCCAUCAGGCUUCUUGCUGUGUAACUGCUGAAGGGAGAUUUUUAAGGUUUUGCUGCCAUCUUUCCAGGCAGUCCAAGAUCGAAACUGGACAGAUCCACGCUGUUGAUGCACCUAUUUACUAAGCAUCCCCUAAAACGACCUUUCAUCACAAGAUGAGCUCACAGCAUCUCUCUGGUAACAGGACACAUGCCAGGUUAGCUGCUACGCCCGCUUUUACUAUCAAUAACAGGCCAGGAGACAGAAGCUAUGGCAAAGAGACUUCUGUCCAGCCCUUUUCAUCAGCAUUUCUCCUAUCAGAAUCAUUCAAGCCACCUUGUCCAGCAAGAGAGGCUAGGGCAGAUGGGAAGGGCAGACUUUACUGUGUUAAGCAGUAUCACAAUUCCAGGCAGACCCUUUCCUUCCCAUAGGAUUAUUUCUUGAGCUAUUAGCAAAUCAUUUAUGAGGGCUUCAGCUCAAGCCUAGAAGCUCUGUAACAACAACAUGGCUUUGGCCCCCAGGUGUGGCCACACAUGACCCAGAACACAUCUCACUGCAGAAGAAUCAGUGUUUGUCCCUCCUCCUGCUCCCUGGUGCUCCUUGGCCACAUCCACCCACUCCUGCAGGGCUCACAUUUUCAUGAUGUAUUGACCCUUGAAAUUAAAAAAACCCAAAACUCUAUGUCCUGGUGGGCUCCUCCACAGAUGAUGGGGUUCAAGAUCAAUCAGGUGACAUUAGCAGGGUCAGAUGCCACUUCUCAUGUGCCAGUGAUUUGAUGUAGGAGUUGCGAAAGGUGUCUAAAACAUGAAAGCUGUGUCCUCUACUCCACUCAUUUGUCCAUGGGAAACAGUUGUACCUUAUACUGCAAAGAGCAAUAAUAUGGGUAAAAGCCCCUGCAACAUGGAGCACAGUACCUUGCCCAGUCGCUCAAACCCGCGAGUGGCAAAAAUCAGAACAAAAUUCUCAGUUCCUCCUCUGCAGAGUAUGAUGAAGAGCUACCGGAUUCGAGCAGCCGCAUGAGCAUUAGCUUUCUAAAAUUAAAGAUCACAGGAGAGCUAAAGAAAACUCUGUCUCAGAAAUAAGCUGUCUUCUGAUAUGCAUUCUAUUUAAAAGUAUAUAUUAAAUCCUGUGUCUGGAAAGACUCCAAGUACCUGACUUUAAACAAAAUCCCUUUCAUUUUUUGUUUUUUAAUCAAGAAAAGGUAUUUAAUAUUAAAUAGAACAUUUAUUGCCUUGUAAUUAUUUUACUGUAGCCAGGUAUUCUAGCACUGAAUGGAAGAUCUUUUUCCAUCAAUCUGCUGUAUCCAAAGUUUUGUAUAAAGUUGUAGAGGUUGAUUUUUUUUUAUUUUAUAUUCAGAAAAUUUCUCUUUUUAUAAGCAUUAUUUAUUAUACAAUGUAUAUACUUGAGUUAACUAAGAUUAUAUAUUAUAUAAAUAUAUAUAUUUGGAGAAAAAUA